GACUCGCCCAAUGUCCUCGACCAUUUCCAUGAGUGGCAGGCAGGGGGAGGACUUAUUCUCUGUCGCUUGCGGAAGAUUCCCUUGGCAACCAUCCUCACAACCUAUGCCACUCUGUUGGGACAAUACCUCUGUGCCGGAAAUGUGGACUUCUACAACAAAUUGGACAAGGUAAAGAGGCCACACACGCACACACACAAACCUAUAAACUUUUGUUAUUUAAAUUCCUCACUAACCCUUUUCAGCUUUAACAAUGUUGGGGUAAUAAUACAUUAAGCGUUGUUUGAGUUAGUUUGAGUUUUGUUUCCCCCAGUAUCUCUCCAGUGCGUCAGUGAGCUAUAGGUCUGUGGCUUUGUUAUUCAAAUGACUCAGAAAAUGUUUUGCUUGUCACAGAGUCAGGUGUUUUUGUUAGAUUUAGAGUUUCUCCCAGUAUCUCCCCUGUGUGUCAGUAAGCUAUGGGUCUGUGUUGUGUUUGCGCUGGUUGUAUGGUACUGUAAUUGGCCCUCAGGCUAAGUGUACAAAGGUCAUUGUGGACCUAAAGGUCAUUCACUGAGCAGGCUGGGUAAUUGACAGCAGCUUCUCAUUAUGGAGAGGAACAGGAAGCCUCCUCCUCGCUGGCAGACAGGUUACUCAAGGGAGAGCCUACUUCAAACAUUUGUCAAACUCAAAAUUAACCCCAUAGCCCCAAUAAUAGUUAGUGUAGAACAUUUCAAAGAGUUUUAAUCAAAGGUUUCAUUCAGUAUUUAACUGAUAUUUACUUAGAAUGUGCAUGACAAUUGGUAAAUACACAAUAGUUAUCUCUUAAUAAUGACAUAUUAAUGACUCUUGUGUUGAUUUCUGAUGUGCCCCUGUCAGCUCAACAUAGACCAGGAUGCUGGUGAGGGGCAGAUCUACCAUCGCUACUGUCUGGAGAGAGCUGCUGUCCACUGUGCCCAUGUCUUUGCAACUGUACUUUACAACUGUACUCCUAUUGAACAUAAAUUGACGGAGCAGGGAUAUUUGAUAUUGAAUAGGCUGGGUUUCUCUCUAUCUACUGUACAGCUAUGGUGAUGCCGAACGGAUUGAACAUCAAGAAGUUCUCAGCCAUGCACGAGUUCCCAGAACCUUCACUCCACUAGCCAGGGUCCGAUUCAGGAAUUUAUCAGGGGACACUUCUAUGGGUGCAUAAGAAUGACGUCACAGUGGUGGUUUUCUUCAUCAUGCCAGCCAAGACCAACAACUUUAACGUGGAGAUGCUGAAGGGACAGGCGGUAUGCAAACAGCUCUGAGGAGACAUCCCUGUAUUGGACACCUUCCUGGACAGAGACGACUUCACCGUCACGAAGAGAGCCAUCUAUGCCACACAGAGACACACCCUUCCUCCAGUGACCACUCACAGCGUGCGGGAUGACACCUCUGACCCCAUCGGCCUCUUCAGCGCUCGCACUGACCGAGUCAAGGUCUGCAGGAUGUUCGUUCGAUGUCCGUGUUUGUUUAUGAUAAUGUUUUGCCUCGUUUAUUGUGUUAAACCAGUUGAAGAAUUGUCUGGAGAAGGUCUGGCAGCCGAGACAUUGACAAUAUAGAAAGUAUCAUAAAGGCUCAUGCGUGCUUAUGAUAAGUAAUACCUGUUGCUUUUAUGUAAGGUACUAUCAAAGUGUUUUUUCUUCUUCCAUUAGAGCAGUGGUUCCCAAACUGUUGGUCGGGAUGACAUUGGUAUAGAAAAACGCUUUCAUUGUAAACUUAAAGGACUAAAAUCAAAUAGAAAGUAUGUGGAAAAGAUAAUGGACUUACACAUUUUUCUAAAAUAACUUAUAAUGGUUGAGAAUUUACAAUCAACUAAAUAAAAGCUAGACAAUUAGGCCCCCAUUGACUUUGUUAUAAUGUUUGAGCAUAAGAACAAACCAUUAGCCAUGGCAAACUGUAUAGAAUUUCAGGAAACUGGCUUUAAAACUGCAACAUUUUCUUUCAGCUCCAUGGCAGGAUGUGUGCAAUUGCAAGAGAUCAGCUUUGAAAUUUCCUCUCCGCUGCCAUGAGCAGAGAGAUAGUGUUCCACCCAGAGUUCCUGUCCCCCACCAGUCCCCUGCUUCCUAUGGACAGUGGGGAGUUUGUACGAGGCUGUCGCCUGGGGGUCUUCCCUUCUUACUACGAGCCCUGGGGAUACACACCAGCUGAGUGUACUGUGAUGGGGGAUACCCAGUGUGACCACCAACCUGUCUGGCUUCGGCUGCUUUUUGGAGGAACAUGUGUCAGACACCACAGCAUGUGUGCACUCUAACCCCCACCACAGUGAUGAGGAGGAUGAUGACGAAGAGCCAUAUGAUGAAGAUGAGUUGGCAGAGCGGGACAGGUAGAACAUCAAAGCCCCCUUCACUGUGGGUUUCACCCCCGAGGGCAAGAAGACACACCCAGAAGAGACUGCCAACCGAGAGAUCUCUCGCUACUAGCCUGGGAUGGCCAACCCUGGUCCUUGAGAGCUGCAGUAUGUGCAGGUUUUUGUUCCAGCCCAGAACGUACAAUAUUGGAUCUGUUUUAGGGACACUGAGCCUUAAACAGCUGUUACACAUACCACCUUUGCAUAUUUUCUAAGAGAAAAUAGCUAUUCUUUUGAUGAUCAAGUCCCCUCACGCCCAUAGGAAAUGAGACAUGAAUCGUUUAAUCAAUAAUUAUAUAUCAGGAAUUGCAUUGAGAGGUCUCUCUCUCUAUAGCCUAGGAUGGCCAACCCUAGUCCUGAGUACAUUACUUCUAUGAUCAGAUACCCUUAGACAAGUGUUGCUAUGAAUUCAAAAUAAUUUUAUUAAACAUUUUCUUGAAAUAAUACAUUCAAACAUUUUCAGUGUAGCCGUACUUAAGAGUCCAGUGUUUUUCUCACGUCGCAUUAAAUAGUCUACAUCCAACAACAAGAGAUCAACAGAUGCAAUAGAUUAGAAUGUUGUCAACAAUAAUAAAUACAUGAUAAAAUGCAUCAGAAGUACUCUCUUUUCCAUGCCGGCAAGUCUUGAAAGUACAGCUGUUCAGGAUUUUCUUCUCCUGAAACGAAAAAAGAUAAGUGCAAUUAACUUUAUGGCAAUUUCAAACCUAUAGCUUGGAUGUAGUUAAGGGAACCCGAUGCCUGAAUUAGCGCUUAUUGAGGUGCGCUCCCUGGCUAGCUUGGAUGUGUCCUUAACCAUUACCGUAGGCUGCAAUAUGACCCAACUCACCAUCCUCCUUGGCUUGCUGCAGGAAAUUGAGCAGGACUGUGGCUGCCUGGUUCACACUGAGUUUCUCUGUGUUUUGACUCCGAGUCUCUGAAAAGAGGAUGCCAUACAGAGUAAUGACAGGUAAAAGAUGAUGGUAAAAUCUCACAUCACCCUAUUCCCCAUACAGUGCACUACUUUACAGAGCCAUACAGGAGCAGAGCCAUACAAAGUAAGAAUAUGUGCAUACUGCCAAAUACAAGUGUAUUGUAUUUACCUAAAUGUAAUGUGUCAUAUACGUCUCCCUCUUUCCUGUCCUCGCUGAUAAACCGCCGUCCCUCUGUAAAAACAUACACAGUCACACAGUUAUGAAAUACAAUAUAUUUUAGUUGCAUUCAUAAAUAAACAUACAUAAUUAGGAAAUAAUAGGACAACUUCAGAUUUAAAUUAUGUUAAUCCCUUUACAUUAAAGAUUAUUAUAGCCACAAAAACAGCUUAUAAAUGCAUAUUAUUUCCAAUUAUUCUGUGUGGAGGACAUAAAUGCAGAAACACAUUUGAAAGGUAUGUCAAAGGAAUGCAAAGUAUGAUUAGGCUAAUAUAGGUAGAAGACAUACGGGUGCCCUUGAGGUACAGCAUUGCCUGAGGUGACCAAUUUCUCCUCUGGAAACUGCCCUUCGGUGCGCUCCACGAAUGGGAGACGAGAGUUACCAGAAGUAAAAGAGCAAGUGCAUAAGCUGUAAUAGUCCUCACGCCCUGAAACAGUCAAAAGUAGAGCUAUAUGAACAAGCAGACAAUGUAAAACAAAUAUGCGUUCAAAAUGAAUGACAAGGUAAUCAUUUGCAUGUGCCAUGCUCAUCUCCAUUCAUAAAAACGCAAAAGAUCAAAAUGUACCUCAACAGGCAACUUACCUUCAUUGCGACGGACGAUAUUAGAUCCCUGUAAUGCCAGUAGAGA